GGAGUUUCUCCAAUGUGAGGAGCAGCUGCUGCAGGGCCACUGCUGGAUUCCAUUCAUUACCAUACAUUCGCUUGUGUCCAUCACCGCAUGAGUAGACGCGUUCAUCUUAUGCCUAGAAGAGAUUUCUGAUGACAUUCAUUCAUCGCUAGUGUGGACGAGCGCCGUUAGGAGCGAUUUUCAUCAGUUGCGGUGGUAAUGUUGAUGUGAGCUGUUACUGCGGAGACUCUCCGCUCAUAGAGGAGUGUUUACCGAUCACAAGCUGAUCUCACGCGCACUGCAAUGAUCGCUUCAUCACAUUCAGUCUGAAUCUGGACGAAUCUCUGGUGCCGAGGGGACUGCACUGGUUUUACCCCUGCUAACGAGGAGAUCAAAAUGGGGAACAGUUUCUCCAACAUAUCUGCGUUUCAGUCCCUCCAUAUAGUGAUGCUUGGUUUGGACUCUGCAGGGAAAACGACGGUCCUUUACAGACUGAAAUUCAACGAGUUUGUCAACACUGUGCCUACAAUAGGAUUCAACACGGAGAAAAUCAAGCUGAGUAACGGCACGGCCAAAGGAAUAAGCUGUCAUUUCUGGGACGUUGGUGGGCAGGAGAAACUCCGGCCCUUGUGGAAAUCUUACAGUAGGUGCACGGAUGGCAUUAUUUAUGUGGUGGACUCUGUAGACGUGGAUCGACUGGAGGAGGCCAAGACGGAGCUGCAUAAAGUCACCAAAUUCGCUGAAAACCAAGGAACGCCGCUGUUGGUCAUAGCUAAUAAACAGGACCUGCCGAGAUCUCUGUCUGUGGCGGAUAUAGAGAAGCAGCUGGCGCUCCAGGAGCUCACGCCUGCCACCACGUACCACAUCCAACCGGCCUGUGCCAUCAUCGGCGAGGGGCUGCACGAAGGCAUGGACAAACUGUACGAGAUGAUAGUCAAACGACGAAAAAGCCUCAAACAGAAGAAAAAGCGAUAACUCCCUACAAAGCCUGCACCUGCCUUUUUCCAUUGCUGAUGGCCUGAGUCACUGGGUUUGCCAUUUCAACGUUGCACUGUUGACAUUCAUCGGAAUGGUUGUUUGUUGUCGAGUUGGAUUUAUGUUGCAUGUGAUCGUGAUGGCGGAGGUGAACCAAAAAAUAAUAAUAAUAAAAAAAAAAAUGUAAAUGAUUUGUUUAAAAUAAAAGGGCUGGUCCCGAUUAAGCUGCCAUUAAUUUGCAUAGCCUGGUCGUCCGUUUGAAGGAGUUCUCUACUGAAGCACUGUGAAAAACGCUGUGACAUUUCAUGGAAUGCUUGAUAUCUCAUUUUGACUCAUAUGGAAUAUAUAGUAAACUUCUAAGAACAUUAUCAAGAACUGUAGCUUCAAAAUCCCAGAAUGAAUCUGGGGUUUGAGGACCUUGUAAUUUACAAAAUGACUGUAACUUCAGUGGGCCUGAGUAUAUGAGGCCUCAUGAAGACGUCUAGAUUUACAGGAACUCUGAAGAACACUCUGAAGUGAUGGACUGUAGGCAUUGCCUGAUACACGGUCCACCUCUAAGCACUUUUUUCAUACCAAGAUAGUAGUGAACAAAACACUGUAGAUCAGAUAUUAUACUGUCAGUGUGUUACAAAGUCAAGAUGAAUCCUGAAGUAUUUUUCAAUUAAAAUGUGUAUUAAAGCAAA